AUGUGGAAAACUGUAAUUUACAAAGAUUUCCACUGUAAUUAUUCCUCCUCCCCCAAUUCAUAUUGGCGCUACUUUUUCCCGCACAAAUGCCAAAAGCUAAAACCCCCGCCCCCAGAUUACUCAUCUGCUAUCCCACUACAGUUUCUACUUUUCUUUGUUCUCAUCCAAUUGUUUUAUAUUUUCAAAUUCACUUCAAAAGGGAUCCUUAUUUUACUCACAGGUUUAAUGGAUGCCCCAAAUUAUGAAAAUGAGAGUGAAGAAGCUACUUUAAUGGAAACUUUCAAUGAUUGUAGUGGAGAACUCAAAGUGGGAAUGAAUGUUUUUUCGGAAGAUGAAGCUUACAACCUCUACAAUGAGUAUGCCUUGAGAAAGGGUUUUAGCAUUCGUAGAGGAAACAAGCGUCCAGAUUUGAAUGGAAUCUUACGACAACGCGAAUACUUGUGCUCAAAAGCUGGGUAUCGCAAAAUUGGGAGUAUUAGUGAAGUGAAAGAAUUUAAUCAUUUGGAGACAAGAACGGAUUGUAAGGCCAGAAUUCGAUUUACGAUUGAUAAUGGCAUUUGGACAAUUUCCCACUUGAAUGAUGAUCAUAAUCACGAGCUUGCAAGUCCAGAAGAGAGGCGAAAUUUAAGAUCCGGAAGGAAAGUGCUGAAAGCAUAUGGGGAUGUUAUCACCUCAAUGGUCGCGGCAGGUAUAAAACCAACACAAUCAUAUAAUUAUCUGUGUAAAGAAAUUGGGCCAGAUUAUGUUGGAUUUACUAAGGAGGAUUGUUAUAAUUAUUUGCAUGCGGGGAGGGAAAAUCUUAUUGAAGCAGGGGAUGGACAAAGCGUGAUCAAUUUUUUCAAGCAUAAGCAAGUUGAAGAUCCUAUGUUUUUCUACUCAUUUCAAGUGGAUGGAAAAAACCGAAUGGCAAAUUUUUUUUGGAGGGAUGGAAGAUCAAAGUUAGACUAUGAAUGUUUUGGGGAUGUCAUUAUUUUUGAUACAACAUACCGAACUAACAAGUAUAAUUUGGUUUGCGCCCCAUUUGUUGGUAUCAAUCAUCAUUGGAAAAACAAAUUGUUUGGUUGUGCUUUUUUGUCGAAUGAGACAACAGAAUCUUUCAUUUGGUUAUUUAAGACUUUUCUAGAAGCUAUGGGGAAUCGACAACCAAAGAGUAUUUUUACUGAUCAAGAUCAAGCAAUGGCUAACGCGAUAGAGGUAGUGUUCACUGGAGCACGCCACAGAUUGUGUAUGUGGCACAUUUCAAAUAAUGCUAAGCAACAUCUAGCUGGACUAUUUACAAAUGCAAGUUUCAAAGCUUUAUUUGACAAGUGUUUUUAUGGGUGCUAUGAUUCAAUUAAAUUUGAAAGCGAUUGGGCUGAUAUGGUUGAAAUGUUUGGACUAGAGAAUCAUUCUUGGCUUAAAAGAUUGUAUGAUCUUAGGGAAAAAUGGUGUCCUGCUUUUAGUGUAGACUUUUUUUCGGCGAGGAUGAAAUCCUCCCAAAGAAGUGAGAGUACUAAUAGUGUUUUUCAUCAAAUUAUGCGGAAGCCUAUGUCUCUCCUACAAGUUAUUCAAUAUUAUGAGGAAAAGGUUGAAGAAAUGCGGCGAGAUGAAAGAAGUGAUGAUUUUCGAUGCAAAAAUGGUGCGCCACCAAAGGUAAGUAAGCGUGGUAUUUUGAAUCAUGCAUCUAAGGUGUACACUCUUGUCAUGUUUAGUAAGUUUGAAGAGGAAUUGUUGGAUAGCUUUGGAUUGAAUUGUGUUCAAAUUAGUUGCAAUGGGACAACUUCCAUCUAUCAUGUAACAGAGGAUGGCCGUCAAAGGGUGCAUAUUGUUCAAUUUGAUCUUUCCAAUGAUGAAAUCUCUUGUAGUUGUAAGUUGUUUGAGAUUUUGGGAAUAUUGUGCAAACAUGCUUUAAGAGUGCUUGUUAUGAAAAAUUACAAAGAGAUACCUGAACCCUAUAUCUUAAAGAGAUGGAGCAGAAGUGCAAAGUCGGGGAUAGAAGGAUAA